AUGGUUUCUGCAUGGUCUAUUCCAAAAGCUAGAAGAUAAUCUCUUUCAACCUCAAAUAAAUUAAACCCUGGUCCAGGCACAUAUAGUCCUGAAAACACAAAUAGAUCGCACAAUGCCUCAUUAACAUAAUCUCCACUCUCUCUUUAUAAAAAUAAUCCUGCUUUUUCAAUAGGAAAAGAAAAAAGGCAAUCCUUUAUUUAAGGGAUUGGACCUGGCUCAGGGAAGUACCAGAUUGAGAAUAAAUUUUAGUUUAAAACUUCUCCAAAGUAUUCUUUUGGUUUAAAGACUUCAACCAACUUUAACAACAGCUCAAUAACACCUUCUCCAAAUACAUAUAAUUCUAAUGAUCAAUAUGUUUCAAGAAAGUCACCAAGAUAUAGCAUAGGGGUAAGUAGAGAAUAAAGUCCUACUGAUUUAUUUAGAAAACUUAAAAUAAUGACUCCAGGUCCUGGAUAAUAUGAUUAAUAAUCUACUUUAAAUUCAACUAUGGGAAAAACUUUUGGAAGAGAAAAAAGAGUAAAUACUCUUCCUGAUACACCAGGUCCUGGAACAUAUGAUAACAACAAAUUUAUAGCUUAUUUAGAAAAUCCUCCCCAAUACAGCUUUGGUAGUGAAAAAAGAACUAAAACUUUUGAGAGCUCAACACCAGCGCCUGGAACUUACGAAAUUGAUAAAUCAGCGAUGAUAAAAGUAGGCGGGUUUAUCAGUAAAAAUGGUAGGUGCUAAACAGAUUAUAGUUAAACUCCUGGACCUGGCAAAUAUAAUUAAGAUAUGAGCAGUAUUAAAAGAAAAUCAGAGAACCCUGUUUUUGGUAAAUCACUUAGAUCAUCACCAACCAGAAACGAUUCUCCAGGACCAAAUGAAUAUAAGAUACCUCCAAUAGAUAUUUACAAAAAGAGAACAUCAAAUAACACAAUAUUUGGUAAGAGUGAGAGACCAAGAUUAUCAUCAAUAGGAAAUCCAGGACCUGGAUAAUACAAGGAAAAGACUAUGUGGAAUACUGGAAUAGAAUUCACAAUGAGCGGAAGAAAGAAUGAUUUGAAUCUAAAUAAUACACCAGGCCCUGCAUUUUAUGAUCCAAGCAUAAAACCAAUAAAAAUACAAACUUAAAAUAUAUUAUUUGGAAAGAGUAAGAGAGAUUCACCUGAAUGCAGGUUUUACAACAAUUCCUAAGCCCCUGGACCUGGAAAUUAUUAAUUAUUGAACAAUUCUAUUAUUAAAUAAGAACCUAAAUUUUCUUUUACAAAAGCUAGAAGAGGAUCUAUAAAAUCUUAAAGCAUAACACCAGGACCUGCUGAUUACAAGAUCCCUCCAACUUUUGCAGAUGUUCCUAAAUAUUUACUAAAUAAUGUUAAUAACUGA